UGCGUAUAUGAAUUCGUGAGAAGGAGAGAGAGAAAAGGGAGGGAAAAGAGGUGUGUGUUGUAUGAGCAAAAGGGGGGACGGGUAAAGCAUAUAUAGACACCUCAUCUUUACGCUAAUAACAUACUCCCUCAGCUCAUGCAAACACACACACUGACAUAUAAACACCACUCACAUUUAAGCCAAUUCCUGCACUUAGAGGAAGGAAGAGAGAAAGACAGGGAUGCUCCUAGCAGGUGCCAAAAACUGAACUGAGACGUGUGAGGGAGAGAGACACAGGAUGGAGCAGGACUAAAGCAUUCAGUCAGAUAUUUUAUAAGAUCCUCAAACUCUCAUUGUGGUGUAUCUGGGGCCAAUAUCACUUGCACUAUGCUGUGCUCAUCUGUGUUUGUGGUGCUUCUUAUCCUUUUGGCCAAUCCCGUGCCGGGCAGCACCCGAGCCCUUCACACCUCUGACAAAGCCAUGCAGGUCAUUGAACAGUUCCUUGAGCGAUACAAUGACCUUUUAACCCUUGAUGAUCUUGAAAACCUCACAAGUGACCAAUCGGAAGAGCCCGUGCAGACCUUCAGCUCUGGGCUAAAGGUUGCAGAAUAUCCCAAGUGGAUUGACAUACCGGUGCAGAAUGAGAAUGCCUGGCUCCGGCUUUUAAAGGGGGCUUUGGCCAAUCAGAAACGAGCUCCACCGGAUCGGUUGCGGAGGGGGUGGAACCGAGGCUGUUUUGGCUUGAAACUGGACCGGAUCGGCUCUAUGAGUGGCCUCGGCUGCUAAUGAUGAACUCAGAAAUUGAUUUAAAAUGACUGUUGUCCUACUUAGGUUACAAAACUCUGUGCUGGUCUAGUCUGGGACCCUGUGAAAAUAGUGUACAAAGUUGUAGGUGGACAAAUUCAUUCAAUUGUGUCUCAAUAUACUUAUUUUUACAUUGAAUUUAAGGUGACGUUGUUUAACUGUAUUUGCAUAUUUAUUUCUUAAUGAAGGGAGCUGAGUGUUUUAGAUGUAGUUGAUUUGUGACCCUCAUUUUGAUAUUCUGCUAGUAGUUAACUAGUAUUUAUAAGGUCUCAAAGAGUCUCAAAAUGCAUGCUUUAUAGAACAUAAAUAUAUACUCCUCACCUUUAAUUUUUGCCUGAAUAAAGUUUGAUCCCAUGUCAUA